CAGUCUAUCUCUUUUCUCUUCUCCUCCAUUAAAUUCCUCAACACCACAGGACGAGCUCUUCCAUGUCUCCGCUGAAGGUGCGGCCAUCUGCUGCUUCUCCGGCCGGGAGAACGCCGCGAGCCUGCGAGCCUGGGCCGGGCGUGGGAGUUCUAUAGCUGGUUACCCCCUUCCCUGCCCACGCUGCAAGGGGGAGGCGCGUUAGUGCAAGGAAGACGAUGAGGGCCCGCGACUGGGGAGCAGCCGGCCGGGGAUGUUUCAACCGGCGGGGCUGGCGGAGAGUGGGGAUUUCAUGGCGAAGCUGUAAGCACGACGGCAGUGACGAAGUUUUGCUACAUCCAUUGCCGGAUUUUGCUACGAUCGACGACAAUUUUUGCUACAAGGAUUUCACGGCGAAGCUGCAACCACAACGGCGGUGACGAAGUUUUGCUGCAUCCAUUGCCGGAUUUUGCUACGACCGGCGAUGAUUUUUGCUACAACCAGCUGUCGGCGGAGCUAGAACCGAUAGUGCAAGGAGCUACGAGUGGGCAGACGGGGAUGCUACAACCGGCUGCCGGCGAUGCUGGAACUGGCAGUGCGAGGAGCUGCGAGUGGCAGAUGGGGAUGCUACAACCAUUUGGGUGUGAAACUACAACCCCAAGCGUCCUUUUGCUGGAAGCGUCCAAACGGCGAUGCUACAACCUUCAUCGACGGAUGCUACAACCGUCAACGGUGGGAGCUACAAGCAACAAUGGCGAGAUGGAAAGUCGUGACCAUGGAGUCGAUUUUGCUGGGAUGGAGGACGACGGUGGUGGCGGAGCCGCAAGGGCGACCGGUGGCGGAGAUGCAAUGGUGUGUCCUCUCUGCAACCACGGGGCGCUCGGGCACGACGACGGCGACCUUGCGCGACGACGGCGACUUGUUGCGGUGCGCUGGCACAAGCAACCGACGCAAGCGCGGUUCAUGGGGCGGCCGACGAGCGCUUGUUGCGCGGCCGUGCAGGAGGCCGGCGAGCAUGGAUGAGGACGAGCGGUUGCGCUGGGCUCUAUCCUCUUGAACCGGUGCGCCGGCGCGCGAAUUGCCACGACCUGUUGUCUUUCCGGGUUGGCUGAUGCGAUUGGAGCUUACUACCGGUCGCGGGUUCGAAUCUCUCCAGCAAGCCAGAAUAAAAUGUGUGAGAUGGACCGGCCCAGCGCGGGAGCGCUGCAGGCGCCUGUUAGCAAAAAAUGAUAUAACUCCCUGCAGCGUCAAAUAGGGUUUGCUUAUGAAUGAGAUUAGCCUGUCUUAAUCACUCUUGCAUGCGUCGAGGUCGGAGGCUACAAUGCCGGCAGCCAUAACCGCGUGGCCCGCAAGGCGCAGUCCGCUGCAGCCCGGAGCACGGACGGGCUGCGCAAAGCCCGCUUGGGGCAUGGCUGCAUGUCUGCAUCCUCCUCCGCGCAUACACGAGGCCGCGCUGGACCGCGCGUACACGAGGCCGCGUUGGACCGCGCAUACACGAGACGCGCCCGCACCACGGCAGCGGCGGCGGAAUGGCGCCCCCGGCGACCAGGCAGCCGAUGUACAGGAUCCUCUGCAAGGCCGGCGAGGAAAGCUUCAGCCUCGCCGCCAGGGACGGCAAGGUCUGCCUCGUCCGCACCGAUCGCGACGACGACACGCAGCACUGGAUCAAGGACAUGAAGUACAGCAUAAGGGUGAAGGAUGAGGAAGGCUACCCUGCCAUGGCACUCGUCAACAAGGCCAGCGGAGAGGCGCUCAAGCACUCCCUCGGCCAAUCUCACCCUGUUCUUCUGACCAGGUACAAUCCAGACACCCUGGACGAGUCGGUGCUUUGGACCGAGAGCAGGGACGUGGGGGAAGGCUACCGCUGCAUCAGGAUGGUGAACAACAUCUACUUGAACUUUGAUGCACUCCAUGGCGACAAGGACCAUGGCGGUGUGCGCGAGGGAACCACACUCAUUCUGUGGGAGUGGACUGAGGGCGACAACCAGCGCUGGAAGAUCGUUGCCUGGUGAACGAUGCAUAUGCUACAGUUUGUUGGGCGCCCUCUUAAUAAUAAGCAAGUACUGUGUUUCUGGAAUAAAAAGGAUGGCGCCGACGUGAGCGGUGUUUCUGUUUUGUUUGAGCAGUUAUAUAUAUUAAUGAACUUGUAAUGAUGGAUUUAUUUGGCGUAGAUUAUGUGUGAUGGAUGCAUGAACAAACCAGUGUUUGUUAUUAUGCAUGUAUAUACAUGCCGUGUGACAUGUUUGUGAACUAUAAUAGAAUUGGUUUAUCCAAUCAUAUUGUUGUAACGGAGAUGUAUCUAUAUAUCUUAGCUUUUGGCGGUUAUUCAAUUUGGCUCAAGGGAGCAUAUGCUCCUGCGUGCCAAAAACGCUUUUAUAAAUGUGAAAACAUAUGAAAAAUAUA